GUGGGAAGAUAUGGAGAGGAGCACCGUGCUCACGUCUAAGUGGUCCGACUUGCCGGCCGCCAUUGGAAGACUGGACUGGCGGGAUUUUAAAAAGGCUUAAAAAGUCUUAAAGUUCAACAAACCUGUGAAUACAUCAGCAAAUGUGUGCAGGAAAAACCUGUGCAGCAACUUGACAUAACUACUACAAAGUCCACACGCAUUCUCAGUGGUGCUUGCAACCCUGGGAGAGGACAGAAGGAUUACUGGCAACACAACUACUUCAUCAGGACUCCCUGACACGUGGUGCCCGCCUCGCAGCCAUGGUGGACGCAGCCGCCGCCGAGCAGUUCUUGGACGCCAACCCGCAGUUCGCCAAAGACUACUACGAUGUCAACUUCAGGCCCCAGGUGGUGUCGGAGCUGCUGGACAACAACCGCAGGACGGCGGUGGACGUCAGCCACUUCCACCAGCUGAGCAUGGUGGAGGAGAGCGAGGUCCUCUUCGACCUGGUGCGCGACAUCCAGGACAACCUGCAGAUGGAGAAGUCCGUCUUCAACCUGAUGAAGCACCUCAGCUUCAUGAUGAGGGCCCAGCGCAUGAGCCUCUUCAUGUACCGCCAGAGGAACGGCGUGGCCGAGCUGGCCACCAGGUUGUUUAACGUCCACAAAGAUGCUGUGUUUGAGGAGUGCUUGGUGCCGCCUGACAGUGAAAUAGUCUACCCGCUGGACUUGGGCAUCGUGGGUCAUGUGGCCUCCAGCAAGAAGAUGGUCAACGUGCCCGAUGUGUCCCAGGAUCCUCACUUCAGCAACUUUGUGGACCAUCUGACGGAGUACACCACCAAGAACGUCCUGGCCGUGCCCAUCAUGAACGGCAAAGACAUGGUGGCGGUCAUGAUGGCCACCAACAAGAUGGAGGCGCCGCACUUCACCGCCAAGGACGAAGAGACCUUGAACAAGUACCUGAACUUUGCAAACCUGGUCCUGAGAGUGUUCCACCUGAGCUACCUGCACAGCUGUGAGACCAGGAGGGGACAGGUGCUGCUGUGGUCGGCCAGCAAGGUGUUUGAGGAGCUGACCGACAUCGAGAGGCAGUUCCACAAGGCCUUGUACACCGUCAGAGCCUUCCUCAACUGUGACCGCUACUCUGUGGGCCUGCUGGACAUGACCAAGACCAAGGAGUUCUUUGACCUGUGGCCCGUCCUGAUGGGAGAAGUUCCUCCCUACGAAGGACCCAAAACCCCAGACGGCAGGGAAAUUAUCUUCUACAAAAUCAUUGACUACAUUUUGCACGGCAAAGAGGACAUCAAAGUCAUCCCGAAUCCUCCAGCAGACCAUUGGGCUUUGGUCAGCGGCUUGCCCACAUAUGUUGCUGAAAAUGGACUGAUUUGCAACAUAAUGAACGCCGCGGAGGAUGAAUUUUUCAACUUUCAGAAAGAACCUCUGGACGACUCCGGCUGGACCGUCCGGAACGUUCUGUCCAUGCCCAUCGUCAACAAGAAAGAGGAGAUUGUGGGCGUGGCCACCUUCUACAACAGGAAAGAUGGAAAACCCUUUGAUGAAAUGGACGAGACGCUCAUGGAGUCCCUGACUCAGUUCCUGGGCUGGUCGGUGCUCAACACGGACACUUACGACAAGAUGAACAAGCUGGAGAACAGGAAGGACAUCUUCCAGGACAUGGUGCUCUACCACGUCAAGUGUCGCAAGGACGAGAUCCAGCACAUCCUGAACACCCGAGAGAGAUGGGGGAAGGAGCCUGAGGAAUGUGAAGAGGAGGAACUGCAGGAGAUCCUGUCUGAAGUUCUUCCCGACACCAAGAAAGCUGAGAUCCUGGAGUUUCACUUCUGUGACUUUGAGCACAGUGAGUUGGAGCUGGUCAAGUGUGGCGUCAAGAUGUACUACGAACUCAAAGUGGUGGACAAGUUUCACAUCCCCAGAGAGGUCCUGGUGAGGUUCAUGUACUCGCUGAGUAAGGGCUACAGGAAGAUCACCUAUCAUAACUGGAGACAUGGAUUCAACGUUGGACAGACCAUGUUUACUCUGCUCAUGACAGGUGACCUGAAGCGUUACUACACUGACCUGGAGUGCAUGGCCAUGGUGACCGCUGGCUUCUGCCACGACAUUGACCACCGAGGCACCAACAACCUCUACCAGAUGAAGUCAGGUAAUCCUCUGGCAAAACUCCACGGCUCGUCCAUCUUGGAAAGGCACCAUCUUGAGUUUGGCAAGACCCUGCUGAGGGAUGAGUCGUUGAACAUCUACCAGAACCUGAACCGGCGCCAACAUGACACGGUCAUCCACCUGAUGGACAUCGCCAUCAUCGCCACAGACCUGGCGCUCUACUUCAAGAAGAGGACCAUGUUCCAGAAGAUUGUGGACCAGUCCAAGACCUACGAGAACUGGAACGACUGGACCAAGUACAUGAUGCUGGAGACCACGCGCAAGGAGAUUGUCAUGGCGAUGAUGAUGACGGCCUGCGACCUGUCAGCCAUCGCCAAGCCCUGGGAGAUCCAGAGCAAGGUGGCGCUGUCAGUGGCUGCUGAGUUCUGGGAGCAAGGAGACCUGGAGAGGACGGUCCUGGAACAGCAACCCAUUCCCAUGAUGGACCGAAACAAAGCAGACGAUCUUCCCAAACUCCAGUGCGGCUUCAUCGACUUUGUCUGCUCCUUCGUCUACAAGGAGUUCAGUCGUUUCCACGUGGAGAUCACGCCCAUGCUGGAGCGCCUGAUGAACAACAGGAAGGAGUGGAACGCUCUCAAGGAGGAGCACGAGGCCAAGGUCGCCGUCUUGGAGGCGACCAAGAAGGCCAAGGAGGAGGCGGCGGGGAAGGACGCUGCCGCCAGACAAGCUGCUGCCGCACAGUCAAAGACUUGUACUCUCAGCUAGUGUGGCCCCAUCUACUCUACUUCUACUACACCUACUGUACCUCUACUGCACUUCUACUACACCUACUGUACACC